UCCUUUUUCUUUUAUACAUCAAAUGGUCACAGAAAAAAGAAAAGAAGAAAAGAAAAAAAAGACAGACCAAAAACACCUUUUGUUCAUCAUUUGAAUAUCAAACCUUUAUAAAGCUGAAGUUUUCUUUUGCUCUCUUUUUUGUUCAACUUAUCAAGAUGAAUGCUUUAUGUUAACCCCUUGAAGAUAUGGGUUUGAGAAAUCACAUGGCAGAAGAUAAUAUCUUUUGUCUUCAAUCCCCAACUUUCAUAGAAUGGCUUAAACCACACAAUUCUUCUUUUUCUCCCUCCAUCUCACACUCGUCUUCGUCUUCGUCCUCCUCCGACCGUGAUUUGAUCUCUCAGACGACGAGCAUCCAAUGCGUUAAUACAGGGUUAAUUCCUGAUCAACAUGAAUUUUUUUCGUCAUCUCGAUGCCUGCCUUUGUUCACCGAGAUCGACGUCUCGACGAAGAAGGAUGAAGAAGGGGCACGAGCUCGAGAUCAUGAAAGGAAAUAUUUGGGAAUUAAAGAGGAGGAUGAAGAUAUGGAGAAAGUUGAAGUGGGUUUGCACAUUGGGCUUCCAAAUGUUGGUGAUGUCUCUAAUUUUGGUGAUCAUGGGAAGGAAUUGAAUGUUUGUGUAAAGAAAGAAGAAAUUAACAGCUUGCAGAAAAGCUUCUCUAAUUUUAACGCUCAAGGAAGGUUUUGGAUCCCAACACAAGCUCAGAUCCUUGUUGGUCCUAUGCAAUUUGCUUGCUCCAUCUGCAACAAGUCAUUUAAUAGAUACAAUAACAUGCAGAUGCACAUGUGGGGGCAUGGAUCUGAGUACAGAAAAGGGCCAGAAUCUCUUAGAGGAACACAGCCAGCAGCAAUGCUAAGGCUUCCAUGUUAUUGCUGUGCUCAAGGCUGCAAGAACAACAUUAACCAUCCAAGAGCCAAGCCAUUGAAGGACUUCAGAACCCUUCAAACUCAUUACAAAAGAAAGCAUGGUUCUAAGCCAUUUAUGUGUAGAAAAUGUGGCAAAACUUUGGCUGUUAAAGGAGAUUGGAGAACCCAUGAAAAAAAUUGUGGUAAGCUUUGGUAUUGCACUUGUGGCUCAGAUUUCAAACACAAAAGAUCUCUCAAAGACCACAUCAGAUCCUUUGGUAAAGGCCACUCCCCUUGCUCCCCUCUUGAUCAUGAUGAAUGCCUCACUGGAUCUGAUCAAGAAGAUCACUUCUCUUGAAUUAUGUUACUAGGGUUUCUGUCGUAUCGAUCUCAUGCAACAUCUUAAUUAUCUCGUGCUCGGUAACAAAACAUUCUCCGACCGAUGGGUCGUGCGAGGAGAAAUUAUUUGGGAGAUCUGAACAAUGUGGUUGACAACGGUACAACUACAUUGUGACAAUCACAUUGAAUAGUUUUUCUGAGAAGCUCAAGAGGGAACGAUUUGCUACGGAGCACUGUGAUAUAUUAUCUUUUUCUUUCUCCCUUUCUUUGAAGAUUUAGGGUUUUCUAAUAAGAUGGGAUUGCCAGAGGUGAUGAAGUAGAUGAAUUUUCUUCUUUUGUGAGAUUGGUGUUAGAUUUUAUUGUCUCUCUUUCAUGGAGGAAAUUUGUCAGCUUCAUUGCUUAUCGUAAACUGGUAAUCUUUCAUAUAUGAAGAUCGAAAGACUCUCUCUCUGUCUUUCUAAUU